CUCAAACUUCCCAAGGCUUCCAAAAACUUCCAAUUUCUAUUACAACCAGUUCUUAAUAUUUCACCGAGCUUCAGUUUAUUAUUCACAAUGCGCUCUUUAGCCUUCAUUACCGCCCUCAGUCUUUCGAUCUACGGAUGCAUGGCGGAAUCUGGUGGCUAUCCGGGAAAUCCAUGUGAACGGGUCGGCGCUAAAUGCGACCCCGUUGUCCAAAACUUUUGCCAAGGCAAGUUCGACGCUACAGUUGAGUUGCCAUGUGGCCCUCAUGGAUUUGUUGGCGUUGGCUGUUGCUGGCAUGGGCCUCCUCCUCCAAAGUGAAACCUGUAUGACGGGCAGGUCUGCGUGCAUGGAAGUUAGGAGAUAGUUGGAUUAUAGUUGAGAGAUUGACUUCUAUCUGAGG